CUGAGACAAGACAGACGCAGUCAAGCCCUGGCUUGCUACGUCUGGCCGUCCGUCCUGCACGACCGUCGCCGCCCGUCGACAUGAACGAGCCUUCUCCCGUGCGACCACCGUGCAACCAGCCUGCUUUGUCGCCCAAUCGUGCUGAAGGCUGGGCUUGCUGUGCGACCGCCGACCGUGUGCACCAGCACGUCUCCGCACCGUGUCCUGUGCGAUGGCCGUGAUGUCCACGCAGCAGACUGCCGAGCGCGCUCCAGCGACCCGCAUCAUGUCCGACGGGGGAGGCCAAUAGGACAUUGUGGAGCGUGAUCUGCAGGUUCCGCACAGGCACCGCAUGGAUAGAGUACGGCCUUGGCUUAUGAUGUCGUUGCAUCAUUGCCUGCGCUGUUACGAGGCUUUGGGGUUUGUUGUUUUUGUUUAAUCACCGUUCCCCUCCCCGAGCGACGCAUAUUUAGACGGAUGGCUGGCGACACUCGCACGGCAUCCGACUUUGAAGACACCUUUAGAUUGGCAAAUCCCCUCCGCUGCCGAUCUUGCCUCGAACCGCUCUCUUGUUCAUCUGCGCGGGACCUAUCUGUCAUAACUACUUUUACGAACAAUUUCAAGGCCGCUUGGCGAUUGGCGAUAUAAAGGACCAGCCAGAGACGGACAGCUCCGUGGGGAGGCACAGGAACCGAGACAAAACCAAAAAAAAAAGAGUUUCCCAACCAUGAAGACUUUCACGCUGCUCCCAUCGUUGCUGGCCUUCCUGGCUUCGGUCGUGGGCGCGCUGCCAACGCCGCAACCUCAAGAGGCUUCCGGCCAGGACGACUGCAACAUGUCGUCGUCCCUCUUCUACCUCGUGACGGCCUCGUCUCCAAUGUGCAGCUCCAACUCGUCCAACCUGCCGAUGGUGUCGGCAACGUCCCUGUUCGAUCCACUCCACCAGCCAAACUUUUUCCUGCGCACCAUCGGCCCCGGCUACGGCUCGCUCCCCGUGUUCACGCUGUCCGGCGGCUCGCUGCACACCUUCUCGAGCGACGCCUUUGGGCAAGGAAACUACACCUACAGCGCCUCGCGGCCCGUUCCGGGAUCCGAGUUGCAGUUCCUGCAGGGCGACCAAAGCGACGCCGGGCUGGCACUGAAGGGAGGGUUUCUGCUAGGCCUCGGCGACGUGACGGACGGAUGGACUUUGUGUCCCGGGGCCAUGGAUCAGACAGUGCUCAAAUGGAACGGAACGGAUGCGGGCUGCACGGCUACGUACGUGCAGGCUGUGAGCGCACCGCCGUACUAAUGUGUAUAUAUGAAUGAAACUGCUACUUGCAUUGGGAGGGGUUCGUCAGAAGCAUAAUAUAAAAGCAUUCACGGAUAGAUCGAGGGCUGCCAAUGAACGAGAUGUUGUAUUGAAUAGUCGGCGCUAGCCACGUUUCUGUGUUACGGCAUCAAAGGAAUAAUCCUUCUUUCCAUCCGUCUCCC